AUGGAUUUGCCUGCGCCUACCCUCGUAGUCAUUACUGGAGGUACUCCAACUCCUAGUAUUGGCGCAGCUAGGAUAAAUGUGGCCAUAUUCAGUGGUGGGCCUUCUAGGAUAACUAGCGGUGGUUCAGAUGCUUGUCCAUGGAAUGGUGUUAAACUUGGAGCAUGGAUGGGAUCCAUAUGGAAACCCAACAAAGCACAAUUGGAGAUUUUAAAGGAGGCCUUCCGCAGCAGUCAAGGGGAACUCCCUUCUGUGGAGCAGGAUAUCUUGUUUACAGCACGACUCCGAUUGUAUGGUCCAAUCGAGCUAAGAAAUAUACGCUUUUGGUUUGAAAACUGUAGGCGUAAGAGGGGAUCAGUCGAAGAAGCCACUAUUUCAACUACUGUCCCACCAAUUAUCCAUCUUACCUCCUCCGCCACGACUGCCCCAAGUAGUGCCCCUGCUAUUUUUCCAACUACUUGUACUCUCAUCCCUAUCGACAAGAUUCUGUCUAUGAAACUUACAACUAACAUCACACCAAUGAGUCAUACCCGUUACAAUGGUAGCAUCACAGUCACCACACUAAGAGUUUCGGAUAAUUCUAGUCUACUCCACCAUUUCCAAGAGAUCCAAAACGCGUUAAGACUCAUGUAUGGGCCACCGAUGGUUUGUUAUGAGCAUCCCCACCAAAGGCCACAAGGAGAAUAG